CAGCUGUGUCCAAUCACAGCUGAUCGCAUCAGUGCCACCUGUCAGUUUCCAUCAGUGCCUUGUGUCAGUGCUCAUCAGUGCCUUGUGCCAGUGCCCAUCAGUGCCACAUCAAUGCCACAUAUCAGUGCCUACCAGUGCACAUCAAUGCCACAUAUCAGUGCCCAUCUGAGCUGCCUUUCAGUGUCACCCGUCUGUGCCAGUCAGUGCCACCUAUCAAUGCCAAUCAGUGCCACCUAUCAGUGCUGCCAAUCAGUGCCACCUAUCAGUGCCACCAUCAGUGCCAGUCAGUGCGCAUCAGUGCUGGUCAGUGCUGUCUAUCAGUGCCAGUCAGUGCCGUCUAACAGUGCCAGUCAGUGCCGCCUAUCAGUGUCAGUCAGUGCCUCCUAUAGUGCCAUCAGUGCCGCCUAUCAGUGCCAUAUAUCAGUGCCAUGUAUCAGUGCUGCCUUUCAGUGCCCAUCAGUGAUGCCUGUCAAUGCCCAUCAGUGCCACCUACCAGUGCCACCUAUCAGUGCCCAUCAGUGCAGCCUAUCAGUGACCAUCACUGCAGCCUCAUUAGCGCAUAUCAGUGAAGGAGAAAAAUCACUUAUUUACAAAAUUUUAUAACAAAAACUAAGAAAAAACUUUUUUUUUCAAAAUUUUCAGUGGUUUUUGGUUUAUUUAAAUAAAAAAAA